AAUAAAAAAAAAAAGGAGGAAGAAGAAAAAGCUGUUCCUGUGCUUUAGCAGACCUUUUGGUAGUUGUCCUGGUCGCUGAUCAUCCCUUUCCGACAACUCUGAUGCUCUUUCUCUCUCGCUUGAGCUCUCUGUCUGUCUGUCUUAAUCUCUUUGCCUGCGAUUCUAUUUCUCCUUCCUUCUCUUCCGAUUCUUUUUAUCCAUUUUCCCAGAUUUUCUUUUUAUAGAAACCCCUCUCUUUGAUGCGCCAAGAAAGGAAAGCACAAGAGAGCAGCUGAAUCAAGUUGAACUUGUGGGUUUUGGUUUUGUGGGUUUCUCUUUCUGAAUUACCUGACUCGAGUUGAAGAGCUUCAUUGAAAAGAAAAAAAAAAGAUUCCUUUUUUAAGGUCUUGUGCUUUAUAUGUCUCUCCGGAGAUUCCGCGUCUGAAAAGUCGUGGCCUUUGAUCUCUUUGAGAUACUUAAAAUUUCCCAAGAAUUGGAGUCUCUGUCGGAGAUAUAAAGCAGAGAUCUUGGAGUCUCCAUUUCGGAUUAACGACUUUUUUUUUUCCUCUGCGGUAACUUGGAUUGUAAAGAGUGGAGGAGCUUGAAAGCUAGGCAAAGAACUGUGAUUCCCAUUCCUUUGCAGUGAAGUGAAAGCUUGGGGCUUUUAGGUGUAAGCUGAAGAUGAAGCUCUCACGUAAAGAGCUCAGCUUUGUAUAAGCUCAGAUUUAGAUUAUUAUUGGGUUUGAUUCUUCAGAGGAACUUUAGGAGUAAAAGAUCAGUUAAUCAUGAAAGCUCCUUCAUCAAAUGGAGUUUCUCCCAAUCCCGUUGAAGGGGAAAGGAGAAAUAUAAACUCAGAACUAUGGCACGCUUGUGCUGGGCCACUGAUUUCGUUGCCUCCGGCAGGAAGUCUUGUUGUUUACUUCCCUCAAGGUCACAGUGAGCAAGUCGCAGCUUCAAUGCAGAAGCAGACUGACUUUAUACCGAGUUACCCGAAUCUUCCUUCCAAGCUCAUCUGCAUGCUUCAUAAUGUUACUUUGAAUGCUGAUCCUGAGACGGAUGAAGUCUAUGCACAGAUGACUCUUCAGCCAGUAAACAAAUAUGACAGAGAUGCAUUGCUUGCUUCUGACAUGGGUCUUAAGCUAAACAGACAACCUAAUGAAUUUUUCUGCAAAACCCUCACGGCGAGUGACACAAGUACUCACGGUGGAUUUUCUGUACCCCGAAGAGCAGCUGAGAAAAUCUUUCCUGCUCUGGAUUUCUCGAUGCAACCACCUUGUCAGGAGCUUGUUGCUAAGGAUAUUCACGACAACACAUGGACUUUCAGACAUAUUUACCGAGGUCAACCAAAAAGGCACUUGCUAACUACAGGCUGGAGUGUGUUUGUCAGUACAAAAAGGCUCUUUGCUGGAGACUCUGUUCUUUUUAUAAGAGAUGGAAAGGCGCAACUUCUGCUGGGUAUAAGACGUGCGAAUAGACAACAGCCUGCACUUUCUUCAUCUGUAAUAUCAAGCGAUAGCAUGCACAUCGGAGUUCUUGCUGCUGCAGCUCAUGCUAAUGCUAACAACAGUCCUUUCACCAUCUUCUACAACCCAAGGGCUGCUCCCGCUGAGUUUGUGGUUCCUUUAGCCAAGUAUACCAAAGCGAUGUAUGCUCAAGUUUCCCUCGGUAUGCGGUUUAGGAUGAUAUUUGAGACAGAAGAAUGUGGAGUGCGUCGGUAUAUGGGUACAGUUACCGGUAUCAGUGAUCUUGAUCCAGUGAGAUGGAAAAACUCUCAGUGGCGGAAUCUUCAGAUUGGAUGGGAUGAGUCAGCUGCUGGUGAUCGGCCUAGUCGAGUUUCAGUCUGGGACAUUGAACCAGUUUUAACUCCUUUCUACAUAUGUCCUCCUCCAUUUUUUCGACCUCGGUUUGGAGGGCAACCCGGAAUGCCAGAUGAUGACACUGACAUGGAGUCUGCACUGAAGAGAGCAAUGCCAUGGCUCGAUAAUAGCUCGGAGAUGAAAGACGCUUCGAGUACAAUAUUUCCUGGUCUGAGUUUAGUUCAGUGGAUGAAUAUGCAGCAGCAGCAACAGAACGGCCAGUUACCAUCUGCUGCUGCACAGCCAGGUUUCUUCCCGUCAAUGCUUUCACCAACCACGGCAUUGCACAACAAUCUUGGCGGCACUGAUGAUCCCUCCAAGUUACUGAGCUUUCAGAUGCCGCAAGGGGGGGUUUCCUCGUCAAAUCUCCAAUUUAACAAACCGAACGUGCAAUCCCCAAUGUCCCAGUUGCCUCAGCCAUCAACUACGUUGUCCCAACAACAGCAGCUGCAGCAAUUGCUUCACUCCUCUUUGAACCAGCAGCAACAACAAUCACAGUCUCAACAACAGCAACAACAACAGUUGCUGCAGCAGCAACAACAGUUGCAGUCUCAACAACACAGCAAUAACAAUCAAUCGCAGUCUCAACAACAACAACAACAACAACAACAACAACACUUGCAGCAGCAGCAGCAGCAACAACAACAACAAUUACUGCAGCAACAACAUCAACAACCGUUACAGCAACAGACUCAGCAGCAGCAGCAAAGAACGCAGUCAUUACAAUCUCACUCUCGUUCACAGCCACAGCCACAACCACAGCCACAGCCACAGCCUCAUAAGUUGCAGCAACUUCAGCUUCCUCAGAAUCAGCUUUACAAUGGUCAACAAGCAGCGCAGCAGCUUCAGGCGCAACAACAUUUGCAACCACAGCUAGUUUCGGGAUCAAUGGCAAGCAGUGCCAUCACUCCUCCAUCUAGCUCCCAUAAUCAAAGCUUUCAACAGCAACAACAGUCUAAGAAGCUUCAACAAGCUCACCACCAUUUAGGUGCGAGCACUUGCCAGAGUAGUGUAAUUGAAACCAGCAAGUCAUCAUCCAAUCUGAUGUCUGUACCGCCGCAAGAAACACAGUUUCAACGACAAGUAGAACAGCAGCAGCCUCCUGGUCUCAGUGGGCAGAAUCAGCAAACACUUUUGCAGCAGAAAGCUCACCAGGCACAGGCCCAACAAAUAUUUCAGCAGAGUCUUUUGGAACAGCCGCAUUUACAGUUUCAGCUGUUGCAGAGAUUACAACAGCAGCAGCAACAACAACAGCAGCAGCAGUUUCUUUCACCGCAGUCUCAGUUACCACACCAUCAAUUGCAAAGCCAGCAAUUGCAACAGCUGCCUGCUCUCUCUCAAGGUCAUCAGUUUCCGUCGUCCUGCAUUAACAAUGGCUUAUCGACGUUGCAACCACCUCAAAUGCUGGUGAGCCGGCCUCAGGAAAAACAACACCCACCUGUUGGAGGAGGGGUCAAAGCUUAUUCAGGCAUCACAGAUGGAGGAGAUGCACCUUCUUCUUCAACCUCGCCUUCUACCAACAACUGUCAGAUCUCGUCUUCAGGCUUUCUCAACAGAACCCAAAGCGGGCCAGCAAUCUUGAUACCUGAUGCAGCGAUUGAUAUGUCUAGUAAUCUUGUUCAGGAUCUGUACAGCAAAUCCGAUAUGAGGCUAAAACAAGAACUUGUGGGUCAGCAAAAGUCCAAAGCUAGUUUAACAGAUCAUCAUCUAGAAGCAUCUGCCUCUGGAACUUCUUACGGUUUAGAUGGAGGCGACAACAACAGACAACAGAAUUUCUUGGCUCCAACUUUUGGCCUUGACGGUGAUUCCAGGAACAGCUUGCUCGGUGGAGCUAAUGUUGAUAAUGGCUUUGUUCCUGACACUUUGCUCUCGAGGGGAUACGACUCCCAGAAAGAUCUUCAGAACAUGCUUUCAAACUAUGGAGGAGUUACAACUGACAUUGGUACAGAGAUGUCUACUUCAGCUGUAAGAACUCAAUCUUUUGGUGUCCCCAAUGUUCCUGCCAUUUCAAACGAUCUAGCUGUCAACGAUGCCGGUGUUCUUGGUGGUGGAUUAUGGCCAGCUCAGACUCAGCGAAUGCGAACUUAUACAAAGGUGCAAAAGCGAGGUUCAGUUGGGAGAUCAAUAGACGUCAACCGUUACAGAGGUUAUGAUGAGCUGAGGCAUGAUCUAGCGCGCAUGUUUGGGAUCGAAGGACAGCUUGAGGAUCCGCAAACAUCAGACUGGAAACUUGUUUAUGUCGAUCAUGAAAACGACAUCCUCCUCGUUGGCGAUGAUCCAUGGGAGGAAUUCGUUAACUGUGUUCAGAGCAUAAAGAUCCUUUCAUCAGCUGAGGUUCAACAGAUGAGCUUGGAUGGGAACUUUGCGGGUGUACCAGUUACUAAUCAAGCUUGCAGUGGCGGUGAUAGUGGCAAUGCUUGGAGAGGUCAUUAUGAUGAUAACUCAGCCACCUCGUUUAACCGGUGAAGGCAGAAGAUCUCUCACAGACAAAGAUUCUUUUUUCUUGGUUUUGUAAUAUAACUUUUCUUUGAUAGCACUGUCUCAUGUUUCCACUGGGCACUGUAGAGCAUUUACCUGUAAAAUAUCUUCCACUAAGUUUAAAAGAAGGUUUUAUUUGAUGCGA